UGUGAUAUCUGUGGUAAAUCAUUGUCUCACAGGAAUAGCUUAACUCAACACAAACGUAUUCAUACAGGGGAGAAACCAUAUCACUGUGAUAUCUGUGGUAAAUCAUUCUCUGAUGGUAGUCAUUUACCUCGACACAAACGGGUUCAUUCAGGAGAGAAACCUUAUCAUUGUGAUAUCUGUGGUAAAUCCUUCACUUCAGGAAGUAACUUGACAACUCACAAACACAUUCAUACAGGGGAGAAACCAUAUCACUGUGAUAUCUGUGGUAAAUCAUUCUCUGGAAAUAGCGACCUAACCACACACAAACGUAUUCAUACAGGGGAGGAACCAUAUUCCUGUGAUAUCUGUAGUAAAUCUUUCUCUCAAAGCAGCAGCUUAACUAAGCACAAGCGUGUUCAUACAGGCGAGAAACCAUAUCAAUGUGAUAUCUGUGGUAUAUCAUUCUCUCGAAACACUACCCUAACUACGCACAAACGUAUUCAUACAGGGGAGAAACCAUAUCACUGUGAUAUCUGUGGUAAAUCAUUCUCUCAAAAAACUACCCUAAUUAAACACAAACGUAUUCAUACAGGGGAGAAACCUUACCACUGUGAUAUCUGUGGUAAAUCAUUCUAUGAGGGCAGCAGCUUAACUACACACAAAUUAAUUCAUACAGGGGAGAAACCAUAUCGCUGUGAUAUCUGUGGUAAAUCUUUCUCUGAAAGCAGCAGCUUAACUAAACACAAGCGUAUUCACACAAGGGAGAAACCAUAUCACUGUGAUAUCUGUGGUAAAUCACUUCCUGAUGGUAGUAACUUAGCUUCUCACAAGUGUAUUCAUACAGGUGAGGAACCGUAUCACUGAUAUCUGCAGUAAAUCAUUCUCAUAAAAUCAUCACUUAAUUAAACACAAGUCCAUUCGUUAUGCAAAGGAUCCAUAGCACAGUGACAUUCCGUCAGAAGGUCAAGCUUGGACCUUAUAAAGAACUCUACACAUGAUAGAAACUAUAUGAAUGUGACAUCUAUAGCAAAUCUUUGACAUGAAAUCAUCCAUUAUUGAAUCAAAAGAGCAUUGACAGAGGAAGGAAAACAUAUCACUGUGAUGUUAAACCUGAAUCAUUCUUUCAAAAUGGUGAAUUGUUUGUACACAGUCCUAUUAAUAUGAAAGAUACAACUGUAACCUAAGCUAUUUGUGCUAAAUCAAUCUAUGAAAAUGGAUCAAUUAUUGAAAUGUAAAUGCAUUCAUACAGAAGAGGAACCACGAUGAUGAUGAUCCUCAUCAUUUAACAUUCUCCUAUUCAUGCUUCUGUGGAUCAGAUGGAAUUCAUUGAUGGAGAUUUUCUACAUCUGGGUACCUUUCUUGUGACCAAUCCUCACCUGUUUCCAAGCAAGGAAAUAUUUUCCCUGGUGAGACAUAUUUUACGCAGAGGACUGGAAGUGAACAACUGCACAAGUAUGACGGUCAUGAUGUCCCUUUACGAACAUCACAUAAUAUCUGGACAAGGGUACAUACACACACAC